GCCGAUGUCGCCGAUGUCCGACGCCAUCUCGAGCGCGACGGAGCAGCCGGUCCCGAGCUCCUUGCCCGAGAUUGCGAGCCCGUCAUGUGGCCCGCCGAGCCCUGCUGGCAGCGCGGCGCCGGCUGGCGGCGCGGUCGCGGCGCCGGCUGGCGGCGCGGUCGAGGACAACUCGUCGGACGACUGGGGCUGCUGGACGGCUGGCGGGCUCUGUGGCGGCGCGGCGCGCGACGAGGACAACUCGUCGGACGACUGGGGCUGCUGGACGGCUGGCGGGCUCCGCGGCGCGGACGCGGACGCGGACGCGGCGAUGCUGGCGGACGCGGACGCGGCGAUGCUGGCGGACGCGGAGGCGGCGGCGGCGCCGAUGCUGGAGGCGGAGGCGGCGCUAGCGGACGCGGACGCGGCGAUGUGGUUCCAGGACCCGUCCUUUGUGAGCGACCUGCUCGCCUCGAUGCCGGGCGUGGACAUGCGCGACGCCCGCGUCCAGGCCGCUGUCCAGGCCGCGGGGGAGCUGCAGCGGGAGGCGGACCGGCUAGCGCGGCUCGACGCGGAUGAGCUGGAGCUGGAGGCGGCGCUGAUGACCGCCGCGGCCGUGUACCUCGCGGUGGAUCUGGAGCUGGAGGAGGAGGAGAGGCGGAGGGCGGAGGAGCAGCCGACGCCGGGGGGCGCCUGGCAGGCAGCGGUGGACGGGGCCGCCUACGGGCGAUGGAUGGCGAGGAACGGGAGGGUCGAGGAAGCCGAGGCGUGUGCCUUCGGGCCGGCGCGCCUAGCCUAUGACCAAGAAAUGCGCAUGAUGGAGCACGAGCGCAACUUGGCGUGGCUGGACUCCCUACGAGGGGAGCGCUGA